UGACAGGAGGAGGGCUUCAUCCCCCUCCUUGACCAGUAAAUUUCCAUUGUUUUCGUCGUUCUUCUACUUCUACUUUGAUACUCUGGCAAGUGUGCUGCCACCUAAUGCCUUCAAAAGUCUCCGACUAAUAAAGGAACGUUACAGACUGGUUGGCUACUCCGAAGUUCCCAGUCGUUGUGAAAAUCGGUCAUGCACAUGCUGGAAUGGGCAAGGUUAAAGUAUCCAAUCACCAGGAUUUCCAAGACAUUGCCAGCGUGGUGGCCAUCACAAGUUGCUAUACUACCACAGAAUCUUACAUAGAUUCAAAGUAUGACAUCCGCGUACAGAAGAUCGGCAAUACCUACAAGGCAUUCAUGAGGACUUCCAUCUCUGGACAUUGGAAAUCCAACACAGGUUCAGCUCUUGUGGAACAGAUUGCCAUGUCGGAAAGAUUCAAGAUGUGGGUAGAUGAAUGUUCGGAGUUGUUUGGCGGCAUGGAUAUCGUAGCAGUCGAGGCAAUACAUGGAAAGGAUAACAAAGACUACAUCAUUGAGGUGAAUGACUCAUCAAUGUCACUACUUGGAGAGAACCCCGAGGACGAUCGCAAGCAAAUUGCAGAUAUUGUGAUUCAAAAGAUGCAUGCCACACACUUGGCAAACUCCAUGAGCAAAACUCCAUCCAGUUCCAGUUUGUUGGGUCCGCCAGUUUCCUCCAACAGCCACAGCCCCCAAAAGUCCGGCUCCCAGACUCCUAUCACACCCAAAAGCACAACCCCUACAUCCACUCCACAGAGAAGCCAGUCUGCAACUCCAACAAAAGGGACGGCACCUGGUGCCAUGGGAACAGGAGUACCGCCCCUGCCAACGAAAGUGACACCCACAGAAGAGGAAGAUACAUUUAAGAACCUUAAGAAGACUUUUGCAAAUAUCUUUGGAGAUCUCUGAAUUGGAAUUGCGCAAGAGUUUGUUGAAAAUGGCCAAUGUCAUUUGCAAAAUGAGUCUAAAGCUUCCACAGCUACAGGCCCAAUUUUAUAGAGCUGCUUUAGCACAAAAAAAUAGCUAAGCACAAUAAAAUUAUGCUUACAAGACUUAGGUUAGUAGCCAGACUACCAAGUGACUUGUAUCCUGCUCAUUUCUGCUAAGCAGAAAAUUCUUUUUGCUGACGCUGCUCUAUGAAAUUGAGCCCAGUUUCCAUACUGAUGACGAAAUGCAACAGUACUUAUUUUCUGUACUGAAAAAAUGAAGGGUUGCUGGGGUGGUGUCAGGUGGGAGGUGGACUGUUUGGUCAAUGUUCGUGUCCCAAACUUUGUCUUGAGAGGAUAAGGGGGAAGUUUAAGGUGUUUAAGAUAUCAACUAAAUUGUUGAUUAAAAACUGAUGAAUUCCUGUUUUACUUAACCAUUUAAUUUUUUGGUUUUUUGUUUUUAAAACAGAGAGAUCUGCCAUCGAUUUCACAAAACUCUUCCUAACUUAAGACU